UCAUCAUUCUACCGAACACCUCGUCUCGUAAUGUCGAUGACGUCACCCCAGACUUGGUCGGUUAGUAUAUAAAGCGAGAGCGAAGCGCGUACCCUUAUAAUCUGUUCGUCCACAGCAACAUUUAGCAACAUCUGAAAAUAAAAUGCGUCGGGUAGUUCUGUACUUGUUCGUCGUCUCCUCCGUCCUCGUGCAGAGCGAGGCGGGAGGGCCUCUCGGGGCUCCCAUAGCAGCUGUUAUGAUUUCGGGGAUGAUCGCGCUGAAGGGAGCAGCAAUUAUCGGCCUCCUCAUCUCCGGUCUGGUUGACGACUACGAGGACGAAGACUACACCGAAAGCGAGGACUACGAAGGGGACGGAGACGACGGCGAAACAGCAACGGCGCCCGAGAGAAGGUGGUACAGGGGGAGGCGCUCCGUCCAAGACAUUUCCGCCACGGAAUCCCACCUCCUCUCGGUCAUCAGCCAGCUGGACACCCACGGCUGCAUCCUCAAGACGAUGUGCUACCUGCAGGAGGGGGAGUCUCCGGACGCUCUCACGACGGAGGAGAGCGUCCUGGUUGACCUUCUGUCCAACGGGCUGACGGCGUUCUCCAAGGAGGUCAACGCCACGAUUCUUCUGUCCAUGGGAGAAGGACUUGGCAUGACCUCUUUCGAAGGCGGCUGUGAUGCCCUCUUCAGUAAAUGUCCUUUCGGGAAAGAGCUUUUGAGGGGUUUCCUUAGGCAGGUUUGGGGAUGUGGCGUCAUAUCGAUCUGAUAGAAGGAAAGGAAAUAAGGAUGGUGAAUUGCUUUAUCAUUCCUAUUACACGUGUAACAUUAUGGGAUUAAUAUAUAUAUGUGUGUGUGUGUGUGUGUGUGUGUGUG